UUUACGCAUCACAACACACGGUGGUUGGCAUAUCUAUCGUCAAACUUCCAGACAUGAACUGUGAAUCAACAUUAACUAUAAACACACAGAGGAAGUUGAUUUAUAGUUGUGUAAAUAACAACAAUUCAGUCGGGUAUGGAGAAAAUAUUGUACGCAAUAUUACUCAAUCUAGUAAUUUGAUUGAGCUGGAAACAAGCAAUGCACCCAUUAACGUCACUUACUGUCUACAAAUCUACAGUAAAGGAGGCGGAGGUUCGUUGACACUUCAGUGUUAUUCGCCAGACGGUAGCUCGAUGACGAGAUCAACCCAGUCAGGCGAUAAAACGACCUCACAGAGAUCCACAACACAGAGUUCAUCACGAAGAGAAUCAACCAUGUCGGAGAAUGCAGAUACAAGUUCUCCAUUAACAGAGCCGGUUAAGUCCGAGAUAUCAGAUACGACAGUUCCUGUAGAAAAGACGAACAUACACACAGACUCGAAAGCUUUCCCAGUUGCGGCUGCUGUAGGUGGUGCCGUUGGUGCAGUUCUGAUAGUCGCCGUAGUGGUUGUUGUGAUUAUCAUUUAUAUAAGGAAGAAACGAACAAAAGGCAAACAAAACACCGGUGAUGAUGGCGAUGGUGAUUACGUCAUUAGCGAUGUUAACUCUAAUAACGCUGAUACCAAUCUUAACCCUUCCGUCGCUAAUAACAAUGUUAACCGUUAUAAUACUGAUGACACUACUGGCAACACGUAUGUACAUCUACAACAUAAUGUUGUACAGUAUGUUAACACGCCGUCGAGUGUUGACGGAGACCACGUGUACCUCCAUGUCAAUGAACCAACACAGUCACAGAUCUCAGAUCAAGAUUAUUAUAACACUGCCAACCUGACUGGAUCAAACAUUUUAGAUUCACACUAGUGGAUGUUAGACUUGGAUUAUGGUAAGGGGCGGAAAG